UUUAGCAGUGAACGGUUUAAUUGGUUUAGAAAAGGAACAGUAAAUGUCUGAGAGCAGACACCUCAAGCAAAAAUAUCUUGAAGUUAAAAAGACUGGAGAAACAAUCUUGGAGAGAUUUUAAUUACAUCGGAGACAGCACAGCCCCUCCCGGAGGGAGCACGUCCUCCUGCCAAGCUCCCGCUGCUGGGCGACGGGCAGCGAGUGAAUGAACUCUGAGGGGCGGGAGGAGGAAAGCAGCGCAUCCAAGGGGUUGGUUAGCUUCGCGGCCCCCGCGACGUCACCCACGAGGGGGACAGGGAGGCUAUAUAGCGCGUCGGGCGCCCGCACCUCCGCGCUCUAGCCGGUGCGCGGACGGAGCUCCCGCCGGGGCGCAUCCCGGGAUCCCGGCUGGUGACAGCCUAGCCAUCUAUCUCCCCGAGAUCUUAGCCCUGCCAAAGUCUCCAACUCCUGGGAGGUAGGGGCGACCGUGCUCCCCGUCCCUUGCAGGCUCUCAGCAUCCCUCCGCCAGCAAGGGGAGCCGCACCCUCCUUGCGGCGCUUGCAGGGACCAGGACGCAGAGAAGUUCAGGAGGCUCGGCGCGGGCUGGCCGCGGGUGAGCCGGCAGGUCCGGGGCUCCAGACCCGCGGCGAUGGCCUCGCUCCUCGCAGCCUGGAACUGGACGGCGGGCGCAGGAGGAGCGGGAGCCGGCGCCCCGGACCUGAGCGCACUGCUGGCCCAGGCCGGCAACCUCUCCGCCGCGCCCUCCGCUCCGGGGCUGCCCGCCGCCGCCUUCCCGGAGCCCCCGCAGCCCCGGGCCAACCUCACCAACCAGUUCGUGCAGCCCGCCUGGCGCAUCGUGCUCUGGUCCCUCGCCUACAGCGUGGUGGUGGCCGUGGCCGUCUUCGGGAACCUCGUGGUCAUCUGGAUCAUCCUGGCCCACAAGCGCAUGAGAACCGUCACCAACUACUUCCUCGUGAACCUGGCCUUCGCCGAUGCCUCCAUGGCCGCCUUCAACACCUUGGUCAACUUCAUCUACGCGCUCCACAGCGAGUGGUACUUCGGCGCCAACUACUGCCGCUUCCAGAAUUUCUUCCCCAUCACGGCCGUGUUCGCCAGCAUCUACUCCAUGACGGCCAUUGCGGUGGACAGGUAUAUGGCCAUUAUUGAUCCCUUGAAACCCAGACUGUCUGCCACAGCAACAAAGAUUGUCAUUGGCAGCAUUUGGAUUCUAGCUUUUCUACUGGCCUUUCCUCAGUGUCUUUACUCCAAAACCAAAGUCAUGCCAGGCCGUACUCUUUGCUAUGUGCAAUGGCCAGAAGGUCCCAAACAACAUUUCACGUAUCAUAUUACUGUCAUUAUACUGGUGUACUGUUUCCCAUUGCUCGUCAUGGGCAUCACAUAUACCAUUGUUGGAGUCACUCUCUGGGGAGGAGAGAUCCCAGGAGACACCUGUGACAAGUAUCAUGAGCAGCUAAAGGCUAAAAGAAAGGUUGUAAAAAUGAUGAUUAUUGUUGUGGUGACAUUUGCCAUCUGCUGGCUGCCCUAUCAUAUUUACUUCAUCCUCACUGCGAUCUACCAACAACUAAAUAGGUGGAAAUACAUCCAGCAGGUCUACCUGGCGAGCUUUUGGCUGGCAAUGAGCUCAACCAUGUACAAUCCCAUCAUCUACUGCUGUCUGAAUAAGAGAUUUCGAGCUGGCUUCAAGAGAGCCUUUCGCUGGUGUCCUUUCAUCGAAGUGUCUAGCUAUGAUGAGCUGGAGCUCAAGGCUACCAGGUUCCACCCAACCAGGCAAAGCAGCCUGUACACUGUGACGAGGAUGGAAUCCAUGACAGUGGUGUUUGACCCCAGCGACUCUGUCAAUGCCAAAUCCAGCCAGAAGAAGAGAGUGACACCAAGAGAUGCAAGCUCCAACAGCAACUCCCGCAGGAAUUCCAAGUCAGCCUCCACCACCUCCAGUUUCAUAAGCUCACCCUACACCUCUGUGGAUGAGUAUUCUUAAAUGUAUUCCCUGAGGUGCAAGUAGCGUGAGGCCACCGUGGUGGCAGCCUGGGGCCCCUUUCUCCUCACACUGUGUCAGUCCUGACCUGUCUACUCUCCCAAAAGAGAAGGGAAUUUUUAGGCAGGAUGCUUCAGUGGAGAAAGGUAGCAUAUAAAUAUAACAAAGACACUAUUGGAGUAUUUGCCUCCCUCAAAAAGAAAAUGGGCUUUAAAUUUAUCCUUUGAAAAUUCUAAAUUAUUACAUGUAGCAAACUGAAAAAAUACUUGUAAAGUGCUUUGUUUUGUUUUCCACUUAAAAAUUGUAAUAUACAUCAGUGAAACUAAAGUGACAUAUGAUUUUUCCAAAAAAUCAAAUACAAUGUUGUGAGUGAAUACAAUCAAAAUAUAUAUAAAAUAAAGCAACUUCAUCUAUAGCUAUAACAGAAAAAAAAAAGUUAAAUGGUUAAUUUUUCCACUAGAAUAAUGGAAAAAUAACCCCAAAGGGUAGAAAUUAAUGAGCAUUUUUGCUGAAGAGAACACAUUUUAUAGAAUGAUUUAAAAGUUUUAAUUUAAAAAUUUAAGAUUUAAAAAUUGUCUCCUUGAAAUGUAACUGAAAAGGAAAUCUAGUCAAAUUAUUAAGCAGCUACAUGUCAUUCUUUUUAAUUUUUUUUCUGAGAAAAUUGCUUCAAAAGAAAAAUAAUAAUCAUUUACUCUUUGAUCAUUACAUAUUUUAAAGUGCCAAACUAAGAAGAGUCAAAGUUGAACUUUAAAAUGACAAAGCAAAUUCUACUUAAGAUGAAAAUUUUAUUUAGUAAAUUGGUAAAUAAAAUUAUAUAGGUUUAAGGUGUACAGUUCUAUAAUACAUCAUUUGUAUAUUGUAUUGUAUUUACUACCCCAAGUCAAGUCUCCUUCCAUCACCAUUUAUUCCCCUCUUUACCCUCUAGUACCUCCCACACCCCUCUUUCCUCAGCAAUCACCAAACUGUUGUCUCUGUUCAUAUGUAGAUUAUAAAACACUAAACAUGCCUUCUAAUGAAGAAGGGAAGAAUCUCAUUUGUCUCUGAAACUGCCUACCAAUUUUUAGGCAAGAAAUAAAAAUACGAAUUCAUAGUUAUAAUAGCAGACAGGAGCAUCUAUCUGCUCCAAAGGAGUGUUUCUCCUCCAUAACCCAAGUAAAAAAUCUAAAGUGAACAUCAACUUUAUAAAUUGUAUGGACCUUUAUCUCUCCUCUCUUCCCAUUGAAGAAAAGAGUAAGGGCUGUAGGAAAAUAUAAUAUAUGCUUAAAGGUAAACCCUUAAGAAAAACGUCUAUGUGCUGCCGGUAUGUACAAAAUACAUAUCAGUAAUUCAAGCAAAAUGUAGAAAGGUGAAUCAUCUAUUACAAUAGAAAGCCAGACAAUAGUUUGGAUACAUAUAAACUAAUACUCCACAGAGAGAGCUUUCCUUUUGUUUGCUUAGAAGUACCCUUUUUUGAAAGAAAGAAAUGAGCUAAUGGUCCUGAAGAAGCAUCUGUUUCACUGUAAGAAAAAUACACUGACACAUUUCUGAGAACCAUAACAAAAUGAGAUGCACCAUUAAGUGUGAAAUUUAUCUUCCAGACAUCAGUGCUUAUAAAUCAUCUUUCCUUGAAUUAGAGACAUUCUCAAUCCUGCUCAAGAAAGCAGAAACUUUCUGAGAUCUUGAAAAUAAUCAGUUGUAUUUUUAAAGCUAUCCAGCUAAAACAAUUACCUGUAACACCUUACAGAAUUGUUAUGCCUCCAUCAAUAUAGAACCCACCAUUUGCUUUUUGAACAAGAUUAAAGCAAUUAUUCAAGAGCAAAUCGUGGUCUUUUGCUGCCAAGACAUUAAAUUUUUCAAUCAUCCUCUUUAUUUUGGACCCCAAACUAGAAAUAUCUAAUGGUUAUAAUGUGUUAAAAGUCUAAACAAUCCCACCAUAUAUGUUUAAGCUGAAUUUCUUCUGAUUACAUCAAUAAGCAGACACACAUACAUACACACACAUUUGAGUGUGCAGACAUAUGCAUUUUAAUUUAUGUAGCAAAUUAAAAACUGAAUGCUGAAAUAGUCAACGAUUAUUACAGAGUUGUCAGAAGACUCAGUAAACUCUGAAGUUUGCAUGCUUUAGGUAAGCAAAUGUAUUACUAUUUAGCAUCCAAUUGAUGAAUGUAAUACUUUUAAAUGUUUACUUUAAAAAAAAUGUAAAUGCUUAUCAUACAGUGUGAAUGUCAAGAAAAAAGUCUAAUAUUUUAAAGUAAACAUUAUCUUCUCAAAUUUGUGAAUGACUAUGGGACUAGCAUUAAUGAAUCCUCUCCAUAAAAGGGACCAUAUUCAGCUAUAGAAUGCAGAUGUAAAGUGUGCCCUCUGAGUCAAUGUGGUCAGCCACGAGCAAAAUACAUUUGAAAAACAACUCUGGGCCUUCACACAUGCUAGGGAAAUUCAGUGUAAUUUUUUAAGACAUCUAAGGAAAAAUUUGCUCCAGACAUCCAUAUUGUUUGUUUUCUUUUCUCUUUCUUUCUUUCUUUCUUUCUUUCUUUCUUUCUUUCUUUCUUUCUUUCUUUCUUUCUUUCUUCCUUCUUUUCUUCCUGUUUUAGUAUAUUUGUUGUUUUAUUUACCAACUAUCACACUUCUAGAAUGACAGAAAUACCUAAGGUCCAGACAGUAUCUUUUUAAAUAUAUUUUAGAAAAAGACUGACAUCAUUCACGCAAUACUAGUUAUUCUUAAUACAAGACUUAGAAAAUAAUUUUUAAGUUUAAAAUUUGAAAAAUAGUAACAAUAAAAUAAAUGAAUACAAUACAAAAAGUGAUAUUUUAUUCUUUUUGAAUGAACUUGGUCACUGAGAAUUAUACAAUAAUACACAUGGAAAUCAGCUUCAGUAGGCCCCAUUUUAAAUAAAACUAUGCCAGUGUUUUCAUGUUUGUCAGGGUUUGGAAAAAUUUGCAUCCAAAAUUCACCCUACCCUAUGAUGUAAAUGUUCACUGUGAAUCUUAUUAUUGUGUAUAGACAAAGACUAGCUAGAAAUACUGGUCAGGUAGUUACAAUGCUCUAAGAUAUCUUUGGAUUUAGAUCAGCUAAAGAAAAAUGCACACUAUUUUGAGAGAAAUCUGAAUGAAUAAAAAACUUUGCCUUGCUUUAAAUAUUCUCUUUUUGAAAGACAAAAGUGAAUAAAUAGUAUACAUUGUAUUUUCAGUAUAUUGCCCCUGGACAAAGUGUUUUUUAAUUACCUGCAUGAGGAAAAAAUUAAACAUAAGUAUUAUAGUAUUCAAUCUAACAAUAUCUGGUUUUUAGCUAGCAUUAUUCAUUCCAUCUCUCAACUUCAUUCUGGCCACAUUUCUGACCCAGCAGCCAAAUUCAUAUUCUUUUCCAGAUCCUUUUGAUUUCUUCUAAACAUAUCCUCCCAAGUUUACAGUGAACUUCACCCUUACAAAGCACACAGAAAAAUGCAAAGAAACUUGGUAUUGUAACUCAGAAGCACAAAAUAAAUGUGAAAAGCCAUGGUGGCCAGCUCAUAAUUUGAAUUUGAUUUUUGUUAAUUCAGGAUUUUAUCAGAAGACUUCUGAUUAGUGAAUGAUAAGCUAUUUCAUCAACCACAAAGGUUGGAGGGUUACAACACUGCUCACCCUUUUAACAAUAACAAUUUGAGUUCCCAUUCAUUGAUAGUGUGCCAAAAUAAGGCAAUCAAGCAUGACACUGGCUAUAUAUAUAUAUACAUACUUUGGUAAAAACUGCAGUUUGAAUUUUAAUCCCACUAUUCUGACUUUGACCUUUGCUUACUAGCUUAAACAAUAGGGUAGUUACAGGAGAUUUACUCCCACUGACUCAGUAGCUUCAGGGGUAGAAACUAUAGAUAACCUUUAGAGAUUAACCUCUGAG